AAUUAAUACUAAUAAAUAAUUGAGGGGUUCGUGGGAAGGAAGCCAUCCAUCUAGUACUUUUUACCGAACCCUCCUAAGCUGUUAGACUUAGAUUCUCCUUGGUCCUUGCUGUAGGAAUUUUUAAAAUAUUAUUUUAGAUUAAUUCAAUCUAAUGAAAAAGAAAUUAAACAAAAUAUUGAACGACUAAAUUGGUUAAUGAGUUUUUCCUAGAACAAAUCAUUCGAAAGAAUUUGAGUUUAAUUUUUUAUGAAACUAAUUUUUAGUCAGGAUUUACUUACUUCGUACGCGAACUUUUAAAUUAGAGGGUUAAUACAAAGGAAAUGAUUUAUCUAUGACACCUUAGCUUAAUCCCAUUUCUCUAUAAAUUGGAAAGUUUCUUUGGAACUUAUUCUUCAUCAUUAUUUGAGAGAGCUUUCUUUUCAUUUCAUAGUCCUAAAAGAUAAGUACAAUCUACACAAGAGAUGGCUGGCAAUAAUGAAGAGAAACAGCAAAACAAACCCAUUGGACUCAUUGAUCUCUCUCACAAGACUCUCCUUCAGAGUGAUGCACUAUAUCAGUAUAUACUUGAAACCAGUGUGUUUCCAAGAGAGCAUCCAUGUUUGAAGGAGCUCCGUGAGAUGACAAAUAAACACCCUCGGAACCUUAUGGCUACACCUGCUGAUGAAGGACAACUUAUAAGCAUGUUGAUUAAGCUUAUAAAUGCAAAGAAUACGAUGGAAAUUGGUGUGUACACCGGUUACUCUCUGUUAUCUACUGCUCUUGCUCUUCCCUCUGAUGGAAAGGUAUUGGCUUUGGAUGUGAAUCGUGAAUACUAUGAGCUGGGAUUGCCCAUAAUUGAAAAAGCUGGGGUGGCUCACAAGAUUGACUUUAGAGAAGGAAAUGCUCUCCCUCUUCUUGACCAACUUCUUCAAGAUGAAAAUAACAAGGGAACAUUUGACUUUAUUUUCGUGGAUGCUGAUAAGAAUAACUACUUAAACUAUCACAAGAGGGUUAUUGAUCUUGUAAAAGUUGGGGGAUUAAUUGGAUACGAUAACACUUUAUGGAGUGGAUCUGUAGCGGCUCCACCUGAUACACCUAUGUUGAAUUUCGUUAGGGAGUUGCGUGAUUAUGUGAUUGAACUCAACAAGUAUCUAGCUCAAGAUUCAAGGAUCGAGAUUUGUCAACUCCCGGUGGGUGAUGGGAUUACCCUAUGUCGCCGCAUCAAUUGAUUCCUCCUUCAUGUUUAAUUGUGUGCUUAGAGAAUUUGGGUUUUUAUUACAAGUGUUUAACAACAUUAUAUGUUAUAUUAUAUAGCUCGUGGAGAAUUAAAAGUUUAUUUAUAAUAAAAAAUAUUUUGGUGAAGCAUAUGGUUUUCUUUGAAGAAUAACUCACAUGAGUAAACUUAUAAGUGAUGGUUGUAUUUUUCUAAUAAAAAUAUGAUGGUUGUAUUUUCUUUAA